AUGUCUCUGAAAAACAAGAUCGUUCUUAUCACAGGAGGAGGAUCGGGCAUCGGGCUCUGUCUUGUGAAGCAAACCCAGCAACUCGGCGGCAGAAUCAUUAUUGGCGAUCUGAAACUGGGAGAGGAGGCCCAGACACUCGUUUCGAAAGACCCCAACGUCAUCUUCCAGAAAUGCGACGUGUCGAAAUGGAAAGACCUUGAGGCGCUCAUUAGCGCGAGCGAGAAGCAGUGGGGAGACGUCCCUGAUGCGUAUGGUAUCUGUGCAGGUGUCUUUGAUCCGCCGUGGUCGAAUUUCUGGCAAGAUCCGGAAGAUGAGCGAUAUGCGUCAGUCGAUAUCAAUGUCAACCACCCUCUCAAACUCACCCGCUUUGCCAUCCGCGCAUCAUUGGGAAAGGGAAAGAAGGCCGGUGUCUGUAUCAUUGCGUCGAUCGCCGGAAUCGCGGGAAACGUCGCCUCUCCGCUUUAUUGCGCGACGAAACAUGCGGUGGUGGGCUUCACCAAAAGCAUGAAAGGCACAGAUGCCUAUACCGGUGUAAGGAUCACGACGAUCUGCCCCGGUCUGGUAAAGACACCGCUUUUUACCCUGGACAAAAUGAAGCAGUUCUCCUUUUCCGAUGAAAAGGCUCUGUUGCCAGAGCAAGUUGCCGAAAAGAUGCUGGACAUGCUUCAGAAGGCUGAGUAUACGUGUGGCACCGUCGUAGAGCUCACUCCUUUGGGGUCUAGACUUAUCCCUGAGUGGAAUAUCACUCCGCCGGUCGGCAAAGGAACUGGUCAAGAGCUGGAAAUGACUGAGGAGAUGAAAGCCAUGCUUGCUCCCAUUAUCGCCAAGUUGGAUAUUGAGAAGAGUGCUAAGCUAUAGGUGUAUACGAAUUGAUAAUAAAUUCUCAAGAGACUAGUAUACUUCAUACAGCGACACGGGCAUUACUAGGUUAUAAAUUUGGGCACACGAAUAUGCCAAUGCUCCAGCUUCACUCUUGCUCUCUCGACACUAUUUCCAGGAGCACCGUGGGUAAAUGUCUUCAGCAAGUCAAAAGGUAGUCUAAUUUCCACUGCGUU